CUCGGUGGGAGGUCCAGUUACACCGUCAUCUACAUAUAGCGACGUAUUAUCUCAAUCCUCAAUUUUAGUAUUCAGAGAGAAAAUCUUCAAAUCCAGAGGUGAAGCUGGGCUUGUACCAUUGCAUGGAGCGGCUGAUAUCGAACCAGACCGUCACGGAGCUUACAGAUUUAGAACUUGUUCUAUUUCGGAAUAGAGAGAUAUUUUUUGGUCUGCAAGAAACAAAUUGUACUAUUGCCAAACGCUCUCCAGCAAAAAAGCUGGGAGAGGAACUUGAUGAAUGGCUUCGGGCAACUGGUUUGCCUAAGUCCGCUGAUAUUAGAGGAAUUAUUGCCCCGCAUGCUGGUUACUCAUAUUCUGGACGGUGUGCUGCAUAUGCCUUCGCUAAUAUUGACCCAGAUAAUAUUUCACGUGUUUUUCUUCUUGGUCCUUCUCACCAUCACUACACUCCUAAAUGUGCUCUUACAAGAGCUACAAUUUACAGGACACCGUUGGGAGACCUACCAGUUGAUCUGGAAGUAAUUGAGGAGCUAAAGGCGACUGGGAAAUUUGAACUCAUGGAUCUACAAGUGGAUGAGGCAGAGCACAGCAUGGAGAUGCAUUUGCCUUAUAUUGCAAAAGUGUUUCAUGGCCAUCAAGUAAAAAUCGUACCAAUUUUGGUAGGAUCCCUGAAUUCCCAAAAUGAAGCCAUGUAUGGACGGUUGCUUGCAAAGUAUGUGGAUGAUCCUCAGAACUUCUUCUCUGUGUCAUCCGACUUCUGCCACUGGGGAUCUCGGUUUCACUACACACACUAUGACAAGAAACACGGCCCCAUACACAAGUCAAUUGAAGCACUUGAUCGCAUGGGCAUGGACAUCAUAGAGACCGGAGAUCCUGAUGCCUUCAAAGAAUACCUCCAGGAUUUUGGCAACACCAUCUGCGGCCGACACCCGAUCAGUGUGUUCCUCCAUAUGCUGAGGAGCUGCUCUGAGAAAAUUAGCAUUGGCUUUAUUCGAUACGAGCAAUCAAGCAAGUGUAAGAGCAUGAAAGAUAGCAGCGUCAGUUAUGCAUCUGCUGCGGCAAAGCUGGACGGUGGUGGAAGCAGGUAAAAGGAUCUGCCAUGGUCAUAUAUGCCCAUCAGCUAUGCUGCUGCUGCAGCUAAGCUGGAUGGUGGAAUCAGGUGAAAGGAUGUGUCCUGUUCACUCCCAUCAUCCUUUUGUGUCUAUCAACUUGAUUGCAUCAUAUCUCUUAGACAAUUUUUCCUCAUAAAUUUAUAAGAAACUUGUUUAUAAGGUUCACCUGCUACCACCCUUUUUUAUCAUUAUUCCUGAUUUUUUUU